AUGAACAUUUCGCCGACACCAUCAGCAGCCACACAGUCCCAGAUCAUAAUGCCUCCUUCCCCAUGCCAAACAAUGGGUACCACGCAACCUGGAUGUCACACACUUGAGAGUGGGAGGACAAAGUUAAGCGCGAAUUUAGUAAUUUUUUGCAUUUGUUACCGUCACAUAAACGAAAUGGCUUCUAAGUACUUCGCAGUUGUAUUUCUCAUCGGUGCUGCUCAAGCAGGCAUUAUUUCAGUACAGGAGCAGCAUGGAGUGCCUUUUGAGCAUCAGCAGCACCAACAGCACCAUGAUGCAGCAGUUCUAUAUCAUGCACCUGCACAGGUGGCACACGUUGCACACUCGCCUGCCGCUCAUGCCGUUCACUUGCAAGCUGCUCACGAACAGUAUCCCGAUGAUCCUCAUCCUCAAUACAAUUUCGCUUAUGAUGUGCAGGAUGCCGUUUCUGGUGAUUCCAAAAGCCAGUCCGAGAGUCGUGACGGCGAUGUAGUUCAUGGUGAAUACUCCUUGAACGAUGCUGAUGGUUAUCGUCGCACAGUUAAAUAUACUGCCGAUUCGGUCAAUGGUUUCAAUGCUGUGGUAGAACGUGAACCCCUUACCCACAAAGUAGUCGCUGCUGCACCGGUGCACUAUCAGCACUCCCCCGCCGCUGCUCAAGCAUAUGCCGCAGUGCCAGUUCAACACCAAGCCGUUCAUACGAGCUACGAAGCUCCUCAUCAAGAAGAGCAGCAAUACUUCCAUCACUAAUUGACUGAAUUAUAAGCAUCAUUUCCCAGCUAUUCUUCUUUUUACAUAACAAACCAUUUGCAUAGA